GUUAAUCGGUAAAUAUGUGUCGAACGCGGGAAGAAGGUCACAAAGCUACUCUCGGUGAAAUGGAUGCUGGCGGCCUGAAGAAAUCGAAGCUUGGUGGUAUUUUAUCGUCGGCAUCAAAUUAAGGUUGGCGGGCUUUAUCGAUAAGCCGGUUGCCCUUCCAACCGCCAUCUCAGGGCCCGUUGACAAUAACUCACCAACGCUGCGACAUGGGCUUCAAGGGUCCUAUGAGGCAAUGGGUCCAUGAUCUCAACUUACUUAUAGCAUCAAAAGCACCUCGUCCAUAUUCUUAUUGUUUUUAUUUUUAUUUCUCCUAAUGACACGGCUGUAUCCAUGCUCCGCGCCCGCAUAAACCUUUGUUUACACCAUGGUAUUACUUAGCUCUUCUACCGUUGGAGUCGCAUUAUCCUCGUCAAUAUUCGGAUUUUUCACUCUUAUUCUCUUUUUAUCCGGGUAUGCCUUGCAGCAACAGUCGGUCAAGCAUAUACAAGUGGCAUUGCAGCGAUCACCAGCAGCAAACCCCAAAAUCCAACCGAUAUAUCCUUCAGAGCAGACAUGGGAUGACACCGACCUAUCCCCUGAGCCAGUUGGGAGCCCUGACACCAAGAGAAAGAGCCAUAUUUUGGGUAGACGGACAAAAUUAAGCCAAGGAGCAGAAGAAUAUGUGCUGGACGGGCUCGCCGAAGAAAACGAGGAGAUCGAAGGAGGGAUAGCCAAGUCAAAGCAUGCGUUCUUACAAAUAUUGACGAAACCGGUCGCCUCCGACAUUUGCUCUACUAUACUCCUUUUCGAGAGACUUGCAUCAAACAGCUCUCAGAUCUCGGAGAGAAUUCUUCUAUAUCCAAAGGCAUGGGAUGCUAGCUCUCCAACUAAGAGCGUCUCAUCGGCUCUCGCCAUCCUGAAGAAGUCAAGUACUAGGUUGAAUGCUGUUGUUCAAGGUGUUGAUACCUCUAAUAUACGACCAAAGGCAUUAUCGGAAACACAGAUAAUGAAAAAGGCAUCGGAACAGCUACUUGAUUACGAGCGGGUUCUGUUCUUGCGUUCUCCUGGCCAUAUCGUCAAUAUUGAUAAGUUGGACCAGAUGCUUAUAUCUGAUAUUGUGAAGACCAUGCGAGUGGGUUCCUCUAGCAUGAUUGCACCUACCUGGGUAUCAACUCAUCUCUCUAUAACCCAGCACCAAUUACCUCCCGCGUUAUUAGUGGCCAGUGAGACUUCCAUUGGCAUGGGUGGUAAAGCACCAUCCAAACCUCAUAUCCUAAACUCGGAAACAAUGCAGCAGAUGAAUUAUGUCAUGGAAUCAUCCGAGUCCCCUGGAAGACAUCCGGGCCCCGCAUAUGUCUACUUUGAAAGCGGCAUGGUACAUAGAGGCGGCAGGGCGGACAUGCAUUAUACCGAAUGGAAGAAGCAAGUCCAGUCUGUAUGUGAAGGUGUUAAUCUCGGCCUUUAAUCUCGAGUUCUUAUGAAUUAAAGGUGUGGGGGUUGAUUUAUAUUUGCUGGCCCUGUUGAAAGAUUAAGUUGGAGGUGGCAUAUUUGGUAUUUAUCAUGUAUUCCUAUGGGGUAUGAUGGAAUGGAUGGAAUUUGGGCGGCUCCCUGUCAU